CCGUGGUGGAGUGAAGGUGUAUUGCGUGGUGUUCCCUAUUCAGUGUCCGCCGCGUUCACACCGACACUCAGAAGAAGAAACAAGAUUGGUGAAAAACGUAACUCCAUCUGCGCUCCAUAUUUUCAGAACCUCUGGAACCUGAACUUCCCGUAUCUCAGGUCACACAGGUCAAAGAGAGGUCAACCAGGUCAUCGGAACUUGUGUGAAGUGACCUCUGGAACAUACGUCAUCAUGCUCUUCCUAUGAACCACCAAUCAGCAUGAUCUCCAACACCUACGUCAUCGUGUUGGCUUUAUGAUCCGCCAAUCAAUGUAAUCAGCAACACCAACGUCAUCAUGCUAGCUCUAUGAUCCGCCAAUCAACGCAAUCUCCAAUACCUACGUCAUCAUGCUAGCUCUAUGAUCCGCCAAUCAGCGUAAUCUCCAACACCUACGUCAUUAUGCUGGCUUUAUAAUCCACCAAUCAGCGUAAUCUCCAACACCUACGUCAUUAUGCUGGCUUUAUAAUCCACCAAUCAGCAUUCGCCACGUGGAUCUAGUGACUCUGGUCUCCUACGCCAGUAUGGGGCCAUCUUGCUCCUGCUGGUGGCCACGGGCGCCUCUGCUGUCCCGGCUGCUUCUGCUGACGAUGACCACGGUACUCCCGCUGUUCUUACCUGCUGCUACGGGGUUGCCUCCUGUCAUCAGAAUCGGUGCCAUGUUUACAGUGGACCAACGGGAGGGGCCCACAGAGCUCGCCUUCAAGUACGCCGUAUACCGUAUCAACAAGGACUCUGAGCUGCUACCCAACACCACCUUAGUCUACGAUAUCCAAUAUGUUCCCAGAGAUGACUCCUUCCACGCCUCUAAGAAGGCGUGUGAACAGAUAUAUUUCGGCGUUCAAGCUGUUUUCGGGCCUUCAGAUCCCCUCUUAGGGUCACAUAUCCAAUCAAUCUGCGACGCCUUGGAUAUACCACACCUGGAGGCUCGUCUGGAUCUAGAGCCUGAGUAUAAAGAGUUCUCUAUCAACCUGCAUCCGAGCCACGAGGUGUUGAACAGAGCCUUCCAAGACGUGAUGGCCUUCUUGAACUGGACGGAAGUGGCUAUUAUCUAUGAGGAGGAUUUAGGUCUCGUUAAGCUUCAAGAAUUGGUCAAGUCUCCCCCUAAGGAACAUAUGGAGUUCCUUAUAAGACAAGGUUCACCCGAUAACUACCGAGACUUGCUGAAAGAGAUCAAGAAUAAGGAGAUAUUUAACAUUAUCGUCGACACCAAGCCGGAAAAUAUGAACUAUUUCCUGAGAGGGAUUCUACAACUUCAGAUGAACGACUUCAAAUACCAUUACUUAUUUACUACUUUUGACAUAGAGACGUUCGACCUAGAGGACUUUAAAUACAACUUCGUGAACAUGACAGCUUUCAGACUGGUGGACUCUGAACACUACAGAGUCCGAAGAGUACUGAAGGAUAUGGAGAAGUUUCAGCCAAUUGGUCAUAACAUCCUCAACCAGAGUAGAGUUAUUCAGGUCGAGCCAGCGUUGAUCUAUGACAGUGUCCACGUGUUCGCCUUAGGCCUACAAGCGCUGGAGAGGUCGACCACACUGAAGAUAGCUAACCUCUCCUGUGAGAACGAGCUGCCUUGGGGAGAUGGAUCCUCCCUCUUCAACUACAUCAAUUCGGUUGAGUUCCGGGGCAUCACGGGACCUAUUCAGUUUAAGGAAGGAAGAAGGACGAACUUUAAGCUGGAUAUACUGAAGCUUAAACAACAUUCAUUAGUGAAGGUGGGAGAGUGGGGUCCGGGUAACGGGGUCAACAUCACGGACAGGGCAGCUUUCUAUGACCCAGGAACCAUGAACGUAACUCUACUGGUGACGACGAACCUGGAAAAUCCCUACGUGAUGCUGAAACACGAGGAUAACUUGUCUGGUAACGCACGGUACGAGGGAUUCUGUAUCGACAUGCUGAAACACAUCUCAGGUAUGAUAGGCUUCCAGUACCAGAUCCGCGUGAGUCCGUCCAGAACUUACGGCAUCCAAAAUCCAGUCACAGGAGAGUGGAACGGCAUCGUGCGUGAACUGCAGGAUAGCAAAGCGGACCUGGCUAUUGGCUCCAUGACCAUCAACUACGCCAGAGAGAAUGUUAUUGAUUUCACCAAACCUUUCAUGAACGUUGGAAUCAGUAUAUUGUUUAAGGUACCUACGAGUCAACAAACCCGUCUCUUCUCUUUCAUGAAUCCAUUAGCUAUUGAGAUCUGGCUUUAUGUAUUAGCUGCGUACAUCCUGGUCUCUAUUACCAUGUUCAUCGUCGCCCGCUUCUCCCCCUACGAGUGGUACAACCCUCACCCGUGUGCCCAGGAGAACGAUGUGGUAGAGAAUCAGUUUUCACUUUCCAAUAGUUUCUGGUUUACCAUUGGUACCUUAAUGCAGCAAGGUUCUGAUCUUAACCCCAAGGCGUGCUCGACGAGGAUCGUGGGCGGCAUCUGGUGGUUCUUCACACUCAUUAUAAUCUCCUCCUAUACCGCUAACCUGGCUGCCUUCCUCACUGUGGAGAGAAUGAUCACGCCCAUAGAGGGGGCAGAGGACUUAGCAUCACAAACUGAGAUCUCGUAUGGGUCUUUGGGAGGAGGGACUACCCUUACUUUCUUCAGGGAUUCCAAGAUCGAGACCUACCAGAAAAUGUGGCGUUUCAUGGAGAACAAGAAACCAAGUGUGUUCGUACAGUCCUAUGACGAAGGGAUCAGGCGGGUAUUGGAGGGGAAUUACGCCUUUCUUAUGGAGUCUUCGAUGCUUGAUUACUAUGUCCAGAGGAAUUGUAACCUGACGCAGAUUGGUGGCCUUCUCGACUCCAAGAGCUAUGGCAUUGCUACUCCUAUGGGAUCACCAUGGCGUGACAAAAUAUCCCUGGCCAUCCUAGAGCUACAGGAGAAAGGUGUUAUCCAGGUACUGUACAACAGAUGGUGGAAGAACACGGGGACAACCUGUAACAGAGAAGACAGCAAUAAGGAAAGUAAAGCCUCAGCCCUCGGUGUUGAUAACAUUGGUGGAGUGUUCGUGGUAUUGCUGUGCGGUCUGGCAUUUGCAGUGCUCAUUGCAAUUUUAGAAUUCUGUUGGAAUGCCAAGAGAAAUGCCCAAAUGGACCGGGUCUGCAGUAUGCACUUACGAGACCAACAUUUCAGACAGUCACUAUGCGCGGAGAUGGCAGAGGAGCUUUGUUUUGCUAUGAGGUGCCGGGGAUCACGCCAGCGACCUGCCCUCAGGAGACAGUGUUCCAGAUGUGUACCCGGGGCCGCAUAUGUACCUACCGGCCUGGAAGUGCUGGAGGUACCUCACAUCAACGGUAACGGUGAGAAGAGUCUGACAGGGACGAAUGACCUCAGGCCUCGAAAAUCUUCCCUGAAGUCCUCCCUCCCCUUACUGGCUCCUCCGUACGACUCGAAAAUCUCCCAGAAUUUUCACUCAUGAGCCACGACCCCGAGUGCAUGCUGAAUAGGCAUAAGUACAUGAAGAAAGGAAGAGUGAAUAAUGGAAAUUAUGACGAUUCAGAGAGUGGUAAGUAGAUAAUGAGUGUAUAGACAGCUAAAGUCAAUCAAGAGUGCAUCAUAGUGUAAAGCAGCAUUCAGGGAUCGAAGCUGAAAGUGCUUAUGAGUGCAUAAUUGUGUUAAGUCUCUUUGCACUUAUGAAUCGAGGCUUAGAGUGCUUACUGACCGGUAGGAAAUGAGUACAGGAGUGAAAAGCAUUUACAUAGACUCAGUUCACAGGCCAGAGUACAUACUGAGUGGAUAUUGAGUACUCAAGAGUGAAAAGUGUUAUCGUUUUAAAAUCAUUGUCCAGAGUACUUGUUGGAUAGAUUACGAGUGCAUGAGAGUGAAAAGUGUAACCAUUAGUACUCAAGGAUCCUGGUUUAUAGUGAAAACUGAGUUGAUAAUGAGUGUAGACGGUGCAGUUGAGUGCAAACCAUCACCACUAUGACCUUGAGUGUAACAUGACCAUACGAUGAGCGCAGAAAGAGUACAUAGGGAAGUCAUCCUCACUCCCAACCCAUAUUUCAUGAGUACGUGAGAGUGAAGAUUAUUAACAUGGAAAUUAUUUUACAGUUCCGAGUACAUCUUGAGUUGAAAAUGAGUACAGGAAGUAUAUCUCAUAAGUAAGCAAUGAGUGCUGAGAGUGAAAGAUAUAAUUCACAGCAAAGAACACCAACUUAAUAAACACUGAAUUAAGGUAGAGUGCAACUUUGAGUACAGGAGAGUGUAUGUAUUAGUUUAUUGUUAAGAGUACUCAGUAGAUAAAGGGAUAUUCCAGGCAGAGUACAAGUCUUCACUCAUACAUGAUUCAGGGUGUUUUAGAGUCAACAUGAGUGCUAGAAAGUACUAAGUAUCGCCGUCUGUCUUAUCACGAUGCCAAAGACUUUAUCUGGAUGCGGUUUUGUCUGUGAGCUGAGAUGGUCUGUGAAUUUCCUCUUAUGGCGUGAAUUUAAGCCCCGAGAAUCUAUGUACAGAAUAAGUAAAAGAAACGUACUUAUGCUGUACAUAGAUAAUACUUUAGCUUAACAUUACAAUAUUCUCAAAAGAAACUCAGCAUUUAGUAAGUUAAUUAAGCUAAGUCAGCUAACAGUUCACAUAUACAGCUAUAAUCCCAACGAAGGAAGAUAGAAUGUGUGAAUUUUUGUAUCAAUUAUUACCCCCCACCCCCCCACC